AUGGUCGCCGGAGAGCACGACUCGACCGUCAAAGGCCUCGCCGACUCGGGCGAACGCUUCGACGGCUCUCCGCUCCGCAUCCUCAUCGUGCACGCGCGAUGGAACGAGAGCGUCAUCAAGCCGCUCGUCGAGGGGUCGGUACAGGUCAUGCUCGCGAGUGGGGUCAAGAGGGAGAACAUCGUGAUUGAGACGGUGCCGGGCAGCUACGAGCUUCCGAUGGCUUGUUCCAGGUUGAUCGCCGCCUCUCAAAUCCAAGCCUCUGCCACCGCCAACGACUUGAUGGGCGCCUCCUCCCUCCUCGACUCGUCCGCCCCUGCCCCCUCGUCCUCGUCCUCCGCCUCCGCCUCCUCCGGCCCCUUCUCCGCCUGCAUCGCUAUUGGCGUCCUGAUCAAAGGCUCAACGCAACACUUUGAAUACAUCUCCGACGCCGUCUCGCACGGCCUGAUGCGGAUCCAACUCGACACGGGUGUGCCGGUGAUUUACGGCGUCUUGAAUUGCAACACGGAUGAGCAGGCGUUGCAGCGUGCGGGCGUCGGGAAGGAACAGAAGGGACACAACCAUGGGGAGGACUGGGGAAAGGCCGCGGUCGAGUUGGGCGUCAAGACGGCGAGGUGGGCCAAGGGGAACAUUGGGCAGGCGCAGCAGUAG